AUGUCCACUUACACCGCUGUCCACACCUCUCCUACCGACGCCUCCGAGGAGAGAAACUCAUCUGUCUCCGAGAGUGAUGCCGAGAAUGACGAUGGCAAUGCCGAUAAUCCGCCGGAAAAUGGCACCACCACGAGCAAAAAGAGAAAGAGGCUCCUGAAAAUCUCUGUGUUUAAUCAGUGGGAGCAGGCCCGGAAAGUCAAGUGCGACAGAGCAGAGCCCGCUUGUGGCUGGUGUGCACGCAACAAUCGAACAUGUGUUUACAAAGAGCGUCAAAAGCCCGGCCUUCGAGUCGGCUACGGUCGCGAACUAGAAGAGAAGAUCAAUCGCCUCGAAGCGCUGCUCCAGGUUAUGGGUCGCCGCCUCGAAGAACAUAUCGCUGAACAUGGGGACUUUUCCACCCAUCGACCGGGCUCCGUUCGUCUUUCUCAUCCAACCCAAUCCGCUUCGUUCAACACUUAUGCCCAGACCGACCCUCGCCCGUCAACAGCCAGUAUCGUUUCUCAAGACACUCCCAGUUCCGAUCCCAGAUGGCCUGUCGCCAAUGCCUAUGAACGAAUGCAGUACCCUCGACCUCAAGAUGCCAUGUCCAUCCGGUCUGUUGUGGACAACGGUAGUCACGACAUGGCGGGCCAAAGCGAAAGAGGCCAUUCAGCUGCUUGGUUUCCAUCAGCUACCCCUGCGCCGUCGAUACCGGAUUCGGAGCUUCCUCCAUACGACUUGCUAUAUACCUUGGUCGAUCUCUACUUCAAACACGUCAACCCGUGGUCUCCUAUCCUGGACCGCAAGGCCACAUUCGAUGCUUUUUUUGGCUCGCAAUCGAUGAACGAAUCGGAAAAGGUGCUCAUGCAUGCCAUUGUCGCCACUACGAUGCGCUUCUCCAAGGACCCCCGUCUUACACCAGAGUCAAGGGGCCAGUUUCACGAGAUCUCCAGACGAAAGAUCAUGAUGUAUGCUUUGGACCACCCGAACGUCCGCGCCCUUCAGGCGCUGAUAAUCCUUGCCGUUGAUGUGCUCGGGACGUCGAACGGUCAGCAGGGCUGGAAUCUCCUGGCCCUCAUUACGCGCAAUAUCGUUCAACUUGGACUGGAUGUGGAGAAGAGUGCUUACCUUGAGUCCAGUACUUAUCCGUCAGCCACGCUUCUGCAGGCCGCACAGCCUCAGUCUUGGAUCGAGAACGAAGAGCGUCGCCGUCUGUGUUGGAUGACAUUUAUUCUCGAUAGAUAUGCAACUGUUGCUACCGCGGACACCUUUACCCUCGACGAAAGGGAAAUGGACCGAUGUCUCCCAUGUCGCUAUGAUUUGUUUUCACGAAACGAACCUGUUGAGACAAGAUGGCGUCGACGAGGCGCACCGUCGGAACUGAUUGUGAAUAAACCAGAAAAUCUGGGAAGUUUCUCCUACCACUGUGAAGUGCUUGGGAUCUUGAGUCGCAUCCAUCGGUUCCUCCAUCAACCUCUCGAUAUCAGCCGCCACUCCGAUAUACAGCGGUGGCGUGAAACCUACCGUGGGCUGGAUGGCGAGCUGAAUGAUUGGCUACAGAAUCUGCCUGGUGAAUACGGGAAGAUCUCUCAACUCUGCCACUCAGAUCCGGGAAGUCGGAUCUCCAACUGGAUCAUGCUGCAUGCGGCGUUUGUCACGUCCGUGAUCCGCCUGCAUUCUUCUGCUGCUUAUCCAACGCUCAAAUCACCUGUUUUCACACCAUCAUACCACGCGAUUCAACGCUGUUUAGGCGCCGUGGAGAGCUUGAGGGAGAUCGCACAAGACGUGAUGAACACCGGCAUGCUUGCGCUUCUCGGCCACCCCUUUGCCUUUGCCCUUUGGGUUUCUGCCAGGCUCCUGCUCGUCCAUGCUGCAACCAUGGAGUGUGAAGUUGAUCCGAAAAUCAUGUUCUUCAUCUCCACUCUUGAACAGAUGGGGCAACACUGGCAAGUUGCUGGAGAUUAUGCAAGGAUAUUGAACGAUGUGGUGCAAGAGGGCAGCAACGGGUCGGGUAGAACAUUCACCGCAAUGAGAAGAUGUGCUUACGAAUUGAAUCUCCUUACCUCCCAACGUCCCCGUUCCGUCCUCGACACCGUUACCACACACAACUCAUCGCAAAGCGAGCUGGAAUUUCUGGAGGUGUUUGAUUUUUUCAACUACCCUCGACUGAAUGCUAUUGCAGGCAACAAUGCCUUUGAUCCAACCGUGUCGGUUACAAACCAGAACCAGACGACGCCGACGCAAGGCCAGCCAACGAGCUAUCGAGCCACGCCGGCCUUUGUCAUUCCGAAUCCAGAGAGCGACUGGUUGAUCUUCAAGCCGCCGUAUGAGUAA